AUGUCGUUGAUCAUCAACACAUUCUACAGUAACAAGGAAAUCUUCUUACGUGAAUUGAUCUCCAACGCCAGUGAUGCUCUGGACAAGAUCCGUUACAAGUCUCUCACUGAUCCAAGUGAAUUGGACUCUGAACGAGAAUUAUAUAUUCGAAUCACACCUGACAAGGAAAACAAGAUUCUCAACAUUCGUGAUACUGGUAUCGGUAUGACCAAGGCCGACUUGGUAAACAACUUGGGUACCAUUGCCAAAUCCGGAACAAAGGCCUUCAUGGAAGCCCUAUCUUCCGGUGCCGAUAUUUCCAUGAUUGGUCAAUUCGGUGUCGGUUUCUACUCGGCCUACCUCGUUGCUGACAAGGUCCAAGUUAUCACCAAGCACAAUGACGACGAACAAUACAUUUGGGAAUCUGCUGCCGGUGGUACCUUCACCAUCACCCGUGACACCAUCAACGAACCUAUUGGUCGUGGAUCUGUCAUGCGUCUCUACAUGAAGGAUGACCAGCUUGAAUACUUGGAAGAGAAGAAGAUCAAGGAAAUUGUUAAGCGUCACUCUGAAUUCAUUGGGUACCCAAUUCAGUUGGAGGUUACCAAGGAGGUUGAAAAGGAAGUCGAAGAAACUGAAGAAGAAAAAGCUGAAGAUGAAGAAUCCAAGCCAAAGAUUGAAGAAGUCGAUGAAGAUGCCGACAAGAAAAAGACCAAGAAGGUCAAGGAAAUGAAGAAGGAAACUGAAGAGCUCAACAAGGCAAGUUUCACCAAACCAAUCUGGACUCGUAAUCCAGAUGACAUCACCGCCGACGAAUAUGGUGCAUUCUACAAGGCUUUGACCAACGAUUGGGAAGAGCAUCUGGCAGUCAAGCACUUCUCUGUCGAAGGUCAACUCGAAUUCAGAGCCAUUUUGUAUGUCCCUAAACGUGCUCCAUUCGAUCUCUUCGAACAAAAGAAGAAACGAAACAACAUUAAACUAUAUGUCCGUCGUGUAUUCAUUAUGGAUGACUGUGAUGAGUUGAUUCCUGAAUGGCUCAACUUUGUCAAGGGUUUGGUCGACUCUGAAGACUUGCCAUUGAACAUUUCUCGUGAAAUGCUUCAACAAAACAAGAUUCUCAAAGUCAUUAGAAAGAAUCUUGUGAAGAAAUGUAUUGAAAUGUUUACCGAAAUCGCUGAAGACAAGGAGAACUUUGCCAAGUUCUACGAGUCCUUUGCCAAGAACUUGAAGCUCGGUGUCCACGAAGACGCCACCAACCGUAACAAGUUGGCUGAUUUAUUACGUUACCACUCAACCAAAUCUGGUGAUGAAGCUACUUCCUUGAAGGACUACAUUACUCGUAUGAGCGAGAAGCAACAAUUCAUCUACUACAUUACUGGUGAAUCCAAGGCUGCUGUUGAGAACUCUCCAUUCCUCGAAGUCUUGAAAAAGAAGGGCUACGAAGUUUUGUACAUGGUCGACCCCAUUGAUGAAUACGCCAUCCAACAAUUGAAAGAAUACGACGGCAAGAAGUUGAUGAGUGCUACCAAGGAAGGAUUGGAAAUGGAAGAAGAUGAAGAGGAAAAGAAAACAUUCGAAGAACUCAAGUCUACAUACGAGCCUCUAUGCAAACAAAUCAAGGAAUUGUUGGGUGAUCGAGUAGAAAAGGUAGUCAUCUCCAACAGAAUUGCCAACUCACCAUGUGUCUUGGUAACUGGUCAAUAUGGAUGGUCUGCCAACAUGGAGCGUAUCAUGAAAGCCCAAGCCCUCCGCGAUUCAUCCAUGUCCAACUACAUGGCCUCGAAAAAGACUCUUGAAAUCAACCCUACCAAUGCCAUCAUCAAGUCGUUGCGAACAAAGGUUGAACACGACAAGAAUGACAAGACAGUCAAGGAUUUGACCUACUUGUUGUUUGAAACUGCUCUCUUGUCAUCUGGAUUUACUCUUGAUGAUCCAUCUGGCUUCUCGUCUCGUAUCCACCGAAUGAUCAAGUUGGGUCUCAGUAUUGAAGAUGAUGGUGAAGAAGAGGCUGCCAUGGAAACUGAUGACUUGCCACCUCUUGAAGAGGCUACUGCUGAAUCAAAGAUGGAAGAAGGUUCGUAG